CAAGCUCAAAAUCAGCCAAAGGAUAAUAACAACAACUCUUUCUCUUUUUUGGUCCCGGGUUGCUCGUGCCGGACACACGCGUGUGCUGUGCCCGGUUUUCAAGUUUUAUAAGUUACCGGUAUUUGGCUAGUGCGUGCGUGCUGUGGGAAGCGGCUCGCGAACGGAGCGGAACGAGACACGCGCGCGGCCAGCGAGAAAAGUUUGCGGAUCGUGCGAGUGCGCGCACCGCCGCCGCCCGCUGACGAGACGGUUCCGUCCGCUCCCUAGCUGCGGCGAUCGAUCGGCAAUUUCGGCUGUCGGCUUCGAACCAGCGCAAACCGCCGUGUUUGCCGUCAAAAGUGUCCUCUUGCUUACCGCCGUUGGAGCGUGCACAACAAGAGUCGAUGGUUGCCAGGAAAAUUGAGUGAAAAUUGAAAAGAUGAGCUGUACUGGAUACCCGUAAAAGAGCGCUACUUGUUGUUGGUGAGGCAAACAGGUUGAGAGAAGCACCACACGAGGGAGAGGCAGUGUGUGCAAGGAUAAUCCAGCACGACAAUCGACCAACCGGUUGGCCGCAACAGCUCCGCUAAAACGGACGAACACCGAAAGCUAUCCGACCAAACAGUAUUACCUCCGUGUCUUCCGCCGUUGUUCCGUCAGCGUCAGCACAAACCGCGGCCAUCGACUGCUGCUUGCCGGCCGGCAGCAACAACAACAACAACAGCAGCAGCAGCACGUGAACUGUUCAGACGCACGGAGGGAGGGCGGAACUGAGUCGAGCGGUCGAGGCGGCGGCAAUCGCCAUCCAUGCACUGCCCACCGUGGCCCUGAGAAUGCCAAUGUUGUCUCAAUUUCAAAUGAACUUUCGCGCGUUUCUCGUUCUGGCGUCGAAGGUAUGGACCUGCAUCUGCUACAUGUUCAACCGGCAGGUUCGAGCGUUUGUACAGCAUCAACCGGUGAAAUAUGAACUGUUUCCCCUGUCGCCGGUGUCGCGGCACCGGCUGAGCAUGGUCCAGCGCAAAACGCUCGUGCUGGACCUGGACGAGACGCUCAUACACUCGCACCACGACGCAAUGCCACGAAACACGGUCAAGCCGGGAACGCCGCACGACUUCACGGUCAAGGUGACGAUCGAUCGGCACCCGGUCCGCUUCUUCGUUCACAAGCGGCCGCACGUCGACUACUUCCUAGAUAUUGUGUCCCAAUGGUACGAUCUGGUGGUGUUUACGGCUAGUAUGGAAAUCUACGGUGCUGCCGUAGCCGAUAAGCUGGACAACGGGCGCAACAUUCUAAGACGGCGCUAUUAUCGACAGCAUUGUACGCCUGAUUUCGGAUCCUACACGAAGGAUCUGUCGGCGAUAUGCAGCGAUCUGAAUAGGAUAUUCAUCAUAGAUAAUUCACCCGGUGCGUACCGUUGUUUCCCGAACAACGCAAUACCGAUCAAAUCCUGGUUUUCCGAUCCCAUGGACAUCUGUCUAUUGUCGCUGUUACCGCUACUCGAUGCGCUAAGGUUUACGAACGAUGUGCGGUCCGUGCUGUCCCGUAACCUACAUCUACACCGCUUAUGGUAGCAGAAUGUUAGCAACAUUUUACGGUGCGCUGUGAGCAAACUAAAAUCAUACUACUUCUUUGUUUUAUUCUAAAUUUAUGAUUAAAUAUUAGUGAUGAGAGGGGUUGUGAGAAGACUUUCUUUCGCUAUGAAACAAAAAGACGCAUUGAAAAUGGCAAUGUUGGGCAUUGCUGGAAGCCAGUGGGAAGCUACUAGAAAGAGAGAGAGAGAGAGAAUGAGAGAUAUGUCCAUUGUGCUUGCUGCGUGCGUGCGAAGACAUUUGAUACACGAAAAUUCUCAUCCACACCACACACGCGCACACAUGCUGAUAAUCUUAAUUAGAACUGCGAUAUAUGGUUUGAGUUUAAAAACUAAUUUUGUUAAACUAAUUCGCUACAAAAAGACACAACUGAAACGCAUUGACGAGAAAUCGGCCACGAUUAACGAUAGAUGGAAAAGAAACUGAAGACGAAACGAGCAGUGCAUAAAGUAGUGCACUAACUAGCAAUCCGUAUUAAGCUGAGAGUGAAGAAAAUAAGAGAAAAAACAUAUGUACGUGUAUGCAUCAAUUAGUUUGUUCUGCUCUCAGUAGGAUCAAUUAGAUUGAAAGGAACGCGGAUGGCACACGGAUCGACGCCUCAACCGAAGAUCGCCGCAAUCACUGUUGCCCGGUGCCUGUCGACUGAUCAAAAGGUUGUGCGAUUUGCGGUGGGUAUCACGUAAUCAAUUAAUUGGUUGCUGAAGUGAGUUAGGGGCGCAUCAUCGAUCGUGCAGUGCGCACAGAAUUAGUGGUGCGAUUUGGAACCGUUUGAUGGCAAUAUGCGAGAAAGUAU